UUUGCAUUCAAUAGGAUAGUUUUGCCACAUUUUGGCAGACUCAUACUUUUUUUCUGUUACCACGCGUCGUGGUAUCAAUUGUGUAUAGUAUUUUAGUAUUUGUGUUCUGCAAAGAGUGAUUUUUGUAAUAUAUAUUUUAUAUAUAUUUUCUGCCUACGAGGAGCUCUCACUGAGGCGAUCUCUGUGUUUCGUACAGAACAAGUCUGGACUUGUCGUUGCAGCUAGUAUUUGAUAAAAUACAAUAUUAUUUAUUUAUUUAUUUGUAAAGCAACUACACACUUCGUUUAUUGUAAACAUGGAUCAAGUAGGAAUCACCGCCAAAGAAAAAACAGAUUCUGUUUGGAAGAGCCCAUGGGGGGCUCCUAACAAAGUGAUGAGCCCUUGCUGUCUUGCUGAUGUGAUGAGCGAACAGCUGGCUAAGCAACUGCAGCUUGAUGAGGAGAAUGGAGAUUUUCCAAGCAAUGUUGAUGUUAAUGAACCUCUCAUUACUGGAGAUAAUAUUGACACAGCCAGUGACCUGAUGUUGGCCCAGAUGAUGCAGAUGGAAUUUGACCGGGAGUUUGACACGCAGCUCCGUCGCGAGGAGAAGAAAUUUAAUGGGGAAAGCAAAGUGUCUGUUUCCUUUGAGAACUAUCGAAUGGUGCAUCCCUAUGAUGACAGCGACAGCUCCGAGGAUGAAGUUGACUGGCAGGACACUUGCCAUGACCCCUAUAGACCUGAUAAACCUACUACCACUCCAAAGAAGGGCUUUGUAGGGAAAGGCAAAAACAUCACCACAAAACACGAUGAAGUGGUGUGUGGCAGAAAGAACACAGCGCGAAUGGACAAUUUUGCACCUGAAGUCCAAGUUGGAGAUGGGAUUAGAAUGGACCUAAAACUUUCUAACCAGGUCUUCAAUGCCUUGAAGCAACACUGCUACUCUGAGCAACGCCGCAGUGCCAGGCUGCAUGAAAAGAAGGAACAUUCAACUGCUGAACAAGCUGUGGAUCCUAAGACACGUCUACUGAUGUACAAAAUGGUAAAUGCUGGCACCCUGGAAGCUAUCAAUGGCUGCUUCAGCACAGGAAAAGAGUCUGUUGUUUUUCAUGCUAAAGGAGGAAGCAUUGAUCACCAAGCGGUCCCUCAAGAGUGUGCAAUCAAAGUCUUCAAAACUACUCUGAAUGAAUUCAAGAACCGGGACAAGUAUAUCAAAGAUGAUUACCGAUUCAAGGACAGAUUCAGCAAGUUGAACCCUCGAAAGAUCAUCCGUAUGUGGGCUGAGAAGGAAAUGCACAAUCUGGCCAGAAUGCAAAAGGCAGGAAUCCCUUGCCCGGAAGUGGUUAUACUUAAGAAACAUAUUCUGGUCAUGUCUUUCAUUGGAGAGAAAGAAGUCCCAGCCCCGAAGCUGAAGGAGAUAAAGCUCAGUAGUGAGGAUAUGAAACAGGCUUAUUACCAGGUGCUACAUAUGAUGCAGCAGUUGUAUCAAGAAUGUAACCUUGUUCAUGCAGACCUGAGUGAAUACAACAUGCUUUGGCAUAAUGGGAAGGUUUGGCUGAUUGACGUGAGUCAGUCAGUGGAGCCGACUCAUCCCCAUGGGCUUGAGUUUCUUUUCAGGGACUGCAGAAACGUCUCCUCGUUUUUCCAAAAGGCUGGGGUGUCUGAAGCAAUGAAUGAACAUGAGCUGUUUAAUGCAGUCUCUGGCUUAAACAUUACAGCAGAUAAUGAGGGAGAAUUCAUCGCUGAGAUUGAGGCUUUGGAGAAGAUGAAUGAAGAUCACGUGCAGAAGCGUGGAAAAAAGGCUCCGUCCUAUCAUAGUGGCGACUGGGGGCCACUAAUGACGAAUAGUGGUUGAUUUUUUUUGAUAAGAGUUGCAGUAGUAAUCUGAUAAAGAUGGGUGUUUUGGAAUUAAGUCUCUAUAACAAGAACAAUGAAUAGUCAGAAAACUGAGAGAUUAUGGAAUGGAUUGUGUUAGGUGCCUGUUUUGAGUCUUGUUACAUCACAUUUAAUUGCAGUGGUAAAAAAAUAAAAGUAUUUGAAGUUCUAAACUUUAUACAUUUACUUACUGAGUUUAUUUUGUUACCAAGGUAUUUAAAAACAAUUAGGACAAUACAGAUGCCUUUGGAAUUUGCAAAUCUUUUUGUUUGUUUUGUUUUGUUUUGUCUGUUAAUGGUUUUUAAAGAGCUGGUAAUGAUGCUGCUAUUUCACAUCAUCUACUGUUUGUCAGGCACCGUAUCACAUUUUAGUAAUAUCCAUGUGUCUGUGUGCAGUUGCUGCAAUGUCAAAUUGUGCUUUAACAGUACUUUUCUUUAAGGAUAAAAUACUGAAACAAUUACCAAAUAUCCACACAUGCUGUUUGUUUUGUGUUAGAUUUAUAUCAAGAUGAUAUAAGAUGGAAAGCUUAGCAUUAAACAAGAUGUGAUACCGAGACAAAAGCUGUUUUGAUCUUUGGUGCUUUUAUUACAGUGACAGAGAUGGUUGUCCAUUGAAUACAUAGAACACAAUGUUCCCUGUGGAAGAUCUGUCCAUUUGCACUGAAAGAGUUGUUUGUGACAUUGCCUGUAAUCAUUAAAGAGUGAUAAAGUAGAAAAAGAAUGAACAAAAAAUGUGUCCUGCAAUUUGUUUAACGCAAAAAUAAAAACAUAUUAUUCAUAAUGUGCAAUAAACAUAAUUAUGAAUAAAA